AUGCUCCGGCUGCUCCCGCCGCUCCUGUCCCGCCUGGCCCGCGCACAGCCCCGCGCUCCCGUGCGGCGGCUGCGACGGGGCGGGGGGCCGGCGGUGGCGGGCGGCGGGGAGGAGGAGGAGGAGCGCUUCGUGUUCCUCGAGUACGAGCCGGACCCGGCUGAGGCGGCGGCGGCGCCGCGGCGGGAGCGGGAACCGGAGCCGCAGCCGCAGCGGGAGCGGGAGCCGCGGCGGGAACGGGAGCCGCGGUGGGAACGGGAGCUGGGCAGGGAACGGCGGCUUCGGGGCUCAGCGGCGGGGAUCCCGGGCGUGCCCGACCCGUCGGUGCCACCGAGCGGCGUGAGCUGCUCGGGCUGCGGUGCCGAGCUGCAGUGCGCGGACGGCGGCGCGCCGGGGUUCAUGCCGGCCGAGAAGUAUCUCAGCCUGCUGUCGGAGGGCGCGGCGGGGCUGCGCGGCGCCGUAUGCCAGCGGUGCUGGGCGCUGGCGCACCACGGGCGCGCCCUGCGGCUGCAGCUGCCGCCCGACGAGCACCGGCGGGUGGUGAGCGAGGCGCUGCGCCGGCCGCCCCGCCACGGCCGCGGGCCGCUGCUGCUCUACGUGCUUGACGUGCUGGAGCUGCCCGACCCGGUGCUGCCGCAGGUGCCGGCGCUGCUGGGCCCCGGCGUGCCCGCCUCGGGAGUGCUGGUGGUGGGCAACAAGGUGGACCUGCUGCCCGCGGACGCCCCCGGGCACCUGGGGAGGCUGCGGAAGAGGGUGGCGGAGGCCUGCGCCCGGGCCGGGCUGGCGGGCGCCGCGCUGGUGGAUAUCCGGCUGGUGAGCGCCAAGACGGGCUUCGGCAUGGAGGGGCUGGUCAGCCGGCUGCACCGCUCCUGGAAGUGCGCCGGGGACGUGUACCUGCUGGGCGCCACCAACUCCGGCAAGUCCACGCUCUUCAACACCCUGCUGCGCUCCGACUACUGCAAGUCCCGCGCCCCGGACAUCAUCGACAGGGCCACCGUGUCCCCCUGGCCAGGAACAACACUGAACCUGUUGAAAUUUCCUAUUAUUAAUCCUACAUGUGACAGAAUAUUCCGAAGGCAGGAGAGGCUGAAAGAGGAGGCAAGAAAAACAGAAGAUGAGCUAAGCAGUGAAGAAAAAAAGUACCUUAAUCACCUUAAAAAGCAAGGCUACUUAGUGGGAAGAGUUGGAAGAACAUUUCAACGACCAAAGGCUAGCCCUGUGGUUGACUUUGAUCCUGACAUGCUCUCCUACAGCAUGGAUGAAGAUCCCAAACAUUCCCCUAAGAAGCGUGAGGAAAGGGAGGAGUUCACACACAAUGAAGUGAAGGAUGCUCGCUGGUGUUUCGACACUCCAGGAAUUUUAAAGGAAGAUUGUGUAGGUACUCUGGUGCUGUGUUUCGGGAUGACAGGGUUCGGUAGGACUGUUCUUCUUUAGCUGUGCCUGUGGAAGAGUAUUUAUGCUGCAGUCCUGGGAUUAGGAUUCUUUUGGUUUGGGAAUUGUGUUAAGAUAUGGUUUGCAUUUACUUGGGAAGGUUUCAUGUGGUAACCUUGCACUUCUGAAUUGUGCAUACUGCCAGCUUUGCAAAGAGCUGUAGGACUGUGUCAUCAAUCUUCUGUAAUCUCUGAAUGAGGGGAAGUGAGCAAGAGCACGCUAAGCAAGUUUAUACCAGCAUCAUCCAAUGAAGCUGGCAUUUUUUGAGCUCUUCCAGUCUACUGAAAAAGAUGGAGCUUGAGAUGAUAACCACAGUUGUAUGACUGAACCAAAUCUUAGAGAAAGCAUUCUCCUGAAGCUAACUGGACCUAUAUUGUUCCUGUUAAUGGCUUCAGUAGGUCUGGCUUACAUCAGUGUUUCAGUAGAGCAAUGGCUCUACUGAAGUCAGUGCUGAUAGAGUGCACAUGUCCAAAACAGUUUUGGAUUUUUGAUUGCUUUGGUGCCCAUGCAGUGCUGCAGGUCAUCUUUUGGGGAAGAUUAAAAAGUAUGGGGAGAUGGGAAGGUUCUGAAGAGAACAAAGUGCUAGAACCGUACUGCUUUCAUGAAGACUAGAAAAUGACUGGUUUUUGACUGCUGUGUGCCAGACCAUAAUUUGCUCUACAGUGGCACUUAGCUCUCUGAUAGUCAGCGUAAAGACAUUCAUCAGCUUAGGGAGCUGGUUUAGUAACUUGAGAUUGUAUAUGUUCUUUCCCUCUUCUGGAGUUGAAUAAGCAUG